UCCAAAACCCUCCCUCGUUUGGACCUCUUUUCCCAUUCUAAAGGGGAGAUGGAUCACAUAGCGGCAGACGAGGAGCGUUUAGUUUCUGAGAGAUUGAGACGAAAGCUGAACGAAGUGAAUGUAGCAGCGCAGAAGCAACUAUCGGGAGUACAAGACCAUGUCAAUUUUACUCUUCAGAAAGAGUACUUCAACUGCGCACAUAAGUGUUUUGAUAGGAGCAGAAGGCAUGAAGAGAUAAGCAAUUGCGUAGAAAAUUGCAGUGUUCCAGUUCUUACUGCUAACAAUCUGGUUGAGAAUGAAAUGGCCAAGUUUCAAGAAAGGUUGCAGAGGUCUCUGAUGGUUUGCCAAGACAGGUUUGAGGCAGCCAAGCUACAACAGCACAAGAGUGGAGCCAUUGAUGAGAUGGAAUCAUGUGUUGAGCAAGCGAUCACUGAUGGGAUCCAGCAGUUGCCACAUAUUGUUGAUCGGUUGAAGGCAUCGCUCUCCAUUGGUAGUGAUUGACCAAAUCUGCUGAUCAUGGAUAAUUUUCAUUUUUAUCUUAUUACUCCAAUUUAUGUUUGCUAAUUUUUUAGGAGAGCAUCAUUGUUACAGGAUAUAUAUUAGUUGCAUGCCCUAUUGAGCAGGGCCGUAUGAGAUGUAGAACAUACAAUUUUGUUGAUCAGAUAACGGAUAAAUUGGGUUCAACUGAGAUUUA